AUGAUUACUCCCCCGGAUUUUCUGGUUAGCUUUCAGAAGGGCUUUGAGAUCCCCGGGGAACUUGGGCGUUUUCCGAUGCUCAGGUUCUGCUCCUUGAGCCUAAUCCCAAUUAAUCAGAGCCUGAAGACCUUGUGUUUCCUUCUGCCGCCCGGAAGUACAGAAACAAAUGGCAAAGAAGAUAACAAAACAAUAACUUCAUCAACAUGUAGGUGCCUAAAUGUUGGGCUGAUUAGGCAGCUGGCAGAUUUCAUUGAUCCUCAGGAAGGAUGGAAGAAGUUAGCAGUUGAUAUAAAAAAGCCUUCUGGAGAUAGUAGAUAUAACCAAUUUCAUAUACGGAGAUUUGAAGGAUUAUUUCAAACUGGAAAGAGUCCCACUAGUGAACUACUCUUUGACUGGGGAACCACAAAUUGUACAGUUGGAGACCUUGUAGAUCUUUUAAUCAGAAAUGAAUUUCUAGCACCAGCACGUCUGUUGCUGCCAGAUAGUGUUCCAGAAAUUGUCCAUAUAGUCCCACAAGAAGAAACAGCCACUCAAAAGAAAUUGCUGCCUCAUUAUGACAAAGAAAAGACACACAUGAAACCUGCAUUCAUUCAGAAUCAUGAACAAAUCUCUUCACCUCUGGACUCAAGUCCAGACAUGAAAAGUUCAGAAGUUAGUGAUACACGUUUUCAGAGUUUUUCAUUUUAUGAAUUAAAGAGUGUUACAAAUAACUUUGAUGAGCAGCCUAUGUCAGCUGGUGGAAACAAAAUGGGAGAGGGAGGCUUUGGAGUUGUAUAUAGAGGCUAUAUCAAUAACAGAACUGUGGCAGUGAAGAAACUUACAACUAUGGCUGAUAUGUGUAGUGAAGAACUAAAACAACAAUUUGAACAAGAAAUAAAAAUAAUGGCAGAGUGUCAACAUGAAAACUUAGUAGAACUACUUGGUUUCUCAAGUGAUAGUGACAACUUCUGUUUGGUGUAUGUCUAUAUGCCCAAUGGUUCAUUGCUUGACAGACUAUCUUGUCUGGAUGGUACUGCACCACUUUCCUGGAACACAAGAUGCAAAAUUGCUCAAGGUACAGCUAAUGGCAUCUAUUACUUACAUGCAAACCAUCAUAUUCAUAGAGAUAUUAAAAGUGCAAAUAUUUUACUUGAUGAGGACUUCAUACCCAAGAUUUCUGACUUUGGACUUGCACGAACUUCUGCAAAAUUUAACCAAACAGUCAUGACUAGCAGAAUUGUGGGAACGACAGCCUAUAUGGCACCUGAAGCUUUACGAGGAGAGAUAACACCUAAAUCUGACAUUUAUAGCUUUGGUGUGGUCUUACUAGAAAUAAUAACUGGACUUCCAGCGGUAGAUGAGCAACGUGAACCUCAGUUAUUGCUAGAUAUCAAAGAAGAAAUUGAAGAUGAAGAAAAGCAUAUUGAAGAUUAUGUUGAUGCAAAAAUGAAUGAUGUUGAUUCCAUUUCUCUUGAAAAUAUGUAUUCUAUUGCAAGUCUUUGUCUUCAUGAAAAGAAAAAUAAGAGACCAGACAUUGAGAUGGUAAAACAGCACCUCCAAGAGAUGACAUCAUCCUGAUUUCCUAAGAUUUUAUUGAUACCAUUUAAAUUAGUCUUGGAGAUUGACUCCCAGGUUUGUGGGUCCAGAAAAAACCUUUUUUUUUUUAAUGUAUAAAGUUUUGGAACUUCGUCUUCUACAUCAGAAUCUAUAUUUUUGAAUUUUAACUUAUUUUAAAUUUCCUUUGCUUCAUAAUCUGGCUCAAUUAUAGUCAGACUAUAAGCCUGUACCAACUCACAUAGCUCUCUUUAGGAACAAUUUUAUUAUCCUAAUGUAAUUGAACAUUUGUAGGAUAACAUUUACCAUAAUUCCCUAGUAGAUCAAAAAGACCCUUAAUUUUACACUGUUUUUUCUUCUGCUAUAUAGUAUUACAAUUAAAUUAGGUCUCUUGUUUUGCUAUAGUAAAUAUGAUUCAAGAAAUAGCUUUAAUAAUUUUCUUCUGUAUUGAGCAUAGAAUUUUUUUAAGCGAUUGUGAUAGCAAUUAAGGUAAACUGAAACACAAAGUUCGAAGUACAUUCAAUUUAUUGGUAAGGCUAGCAAUUACCAAGAAAGGGGGUCUAGACGCCUUAGUCAAAAGACCAUGUGUAGGGCUUAUUAGCCUUCAUAUAGUUUUGGGAAAUAGAAGAGAACAAAGAACAUAAAACUAUGGUUACAAAGUUUGAAGUGUCAUAGAUGAUGGAAAACAAUAUAAUUGGAUGGAAGUUAGGAAUGCAGAACUAGCAACAGCCCCUUCUUCCAUCUUGUUGCUAUGGAAAACUCACUAGUGGUAUCUAUCUGCAUGGAUAACACUCCAGACUUUCAUGAAGGACAGCCAGUAUCGCAGAGAUAACAGACUUCCUGGCUCCCACCUGUAUCCUGCCAGGCUUGUUAGUAAGAUAACAGCUCUCUCUUAAUUGUACAUGGGCAGUAAGAUGUGUCGAGACAAUGUAUUUCUUUGAAUUAAGGUGAUUUAUGGAACAAUCUAGCUCAGAGAGGAAAGCCAAGCUUCUGAAUUUAAUUCAGAGAAAAAGAAACAUGGCUUAGGCAUUCAAUUACAAAGUGGAAUCAGGAUUAAUUUGAUUUUCUCACCGUGAAUUGAUCUAACCAUUCUGGGAAGAGAUACUGCAGAAUGUAAGGUUUCACAUAUGCCAAAAUAAGCAUACAGCACUUUUUUGUGGUAGCAAAAAACUAAUUCCCAUUCAUUGGGGAAUGACUAAAUAAAUUUUGGUCUAAAAUAUAAUUUUACUGUAUAGGAAUAAAUAAAUAUGAAGAAUUGAGAGGCAUGGGAAGAUAUAACAAAUAAUGAAGUAAAAAAAAGAACCAAGAAAACAAUGUACACAAUGGCUGCAACAAAGCAAAAAGAAAGCACAAAGGCCACAAAAAUAAAUAGUGUGUAAUUAUAAUGAACAAGCUUGCUUCCAAAGAAGAUGUAAGAAAAUAUACCUCCCUUUUUUUUUAGAAGUGAGAAUUGAGAUUAGAGUAUCUCAAUUCUCACUUCUAAAAAAAAAGGGAGGUAUAGAGCAUUGCUACAAUGUUAUACUUGGUUGAUGUGCCAGUUUGUUUAGCUGAAAGGUGUCCUUUUUUCUAUUUUUUUUUUUGUUACAAGAGAUAAUUCUCAGUAGAGGGCAAGGAAGGGGUAAUAGUUGUACAUGAAAGUGAUUUUAAAACAAAACAUAUCAAUAAAAAUUAAUUUUUAAAAAAUCAAUUCAUAAAAAUUAUUUAAAAGGUACUUAAGCAUCUGUGGAACAGGCAUGAUCUAGAACCAAGUUUACAAAGGCACACUCAGGUUUUGGCACACCCAUUCAGCAACAUAGCUACAAGAAUAUGGCCAGGCCUAGCUUCUAAAGCAGGUACAUUCUGCUUUGUAUGUGUCUCAAAUUGAGGUAUUGUUAAAAUAAUUGUACCUAGAGAGUAAAAUAUGCAAUCAUUCAAAUUACCUCUUUUUUUUCUUUUUUUAGUGAGGCAAUUGGGGUAAGUGACUUGCCCAGGGUCACACAGCUAGUAAGUGUUAAGUGUCUGAGGCCAGAUUUGAACUCAAGUCCUCCUGACUCCAGGG